GUUGGAUGAAGCAAGGAUGAGGGUUUCGCAUUUCCGCAUUUCCUGCUUAUCACACGCGGUCAAUUUAAUGUGAAAGAGCGUCGACUCAGUGAAGAGUUCAUAAAGUUAUUUCAGAGCCAAGCUGGAGAAUUCAUGCCAGUAACUCGAAGCCAAGCAACUUACAACACUCGUUCCACCGGUAGAGCAACUCUACCAGAUAGCAUUCAACAGAAAAAGGGCAAAAAUGUUGCAUCAAAUUCCAAUUCAAGGGAAAGGCCGACGUCAGCACAACUUGACGACCACUUGGUAAAAGGAUUGUUAUUAAAAAUACGCAGCAUAACAUUUCGUUCCCUCGUCAAUGAACACUUUCCUUGGGCAAGGGACGUCUUGCAGCGAUUCAGAAGAACCCAUCCAGGUGUCGACGUUAUUUUUACAGUGAUAGUAAUAAUCUACAUUGUGUACAAAAUUCACAAUCACCCCUUGUAUAAUGCGUUCUGCUCGAUCGUGCCCUUCGCAAGUCAAAUUUGGCAGAGAAUGUUUCCGGCUGAGUUACCGGGCAUUUAUCAUAACAAUGUUUUGCAGCCUCCAAAACAUCGCUGGAUACAGCGUGAAAAGGAAGUUUCCACCUUGGGAGAGCAAAUAAAGAGGAUGUGUGAAGAUCACGAGAGAAAAGUGAUACACGUGUAUUUGACUGGCAGGCCAGGCUCAGGUAAAUCUGAAUUUGCUAGGCAAGUAGUACAUCAUCUUAAAGAAUCACAGAAACAUAACAAGAGACCUAUGGCCUUCAUUACCAUUCAAGCAGAUAAUGCUGACCAUGUUUUGUUAAGUCUCAGGGAUGCAGUCUUCGCUGUCAACAGGAUGAAGAUGGGAAAGACAGCAGACAUUGUGAAGGAACUGAGCUCCAGACUAAAUUUUGAGAGGAUGUUGUUAGUAAAGGAAGCUGAUGUCCAAAAAAGUCAGAUAAAGGUUCUUUAUAAUAAACUGGAUGAACUACUGGAAGACAUGCUUCCUGUUUUGAUUUUUGACAAUGUAAAAGAUUUGGAAUUUCUCAACGACCUUAACCUCACACCUGGAAAUGAUCAUAUUGCAACUGCAGUUGUUGUCAUCAUUACUCUGCAAAAUCAUGUGUCCUUAGAAAGACUGCCGAGUGAUUGUGUGCAUGUACAGGACCUUAAUCAAGGUAUGUCUCCAAAUGACUCGGUCAAAUUGCUUGAACUGAUAGCUGGGACAGAAGUGGGUGAUAAAGACUAUCUGUAUGAACUUGCAGAUUUCUUUGAUCACCAGCCACAAAAUCUAUCAAAUAUUAGCCCCAACAUAAUCAAAGACAGGUGUAUGGGCUAUCUUCAUGUCAAGCGUUUCAGUCAGAUUACACUUGGUGAUGUUGCGGAAAAAAAAUGGUUGCCUAGUUCUCUACAUGUAAUUGUGAAAUUUGAAGAGUUGUGCCAUGUAAGCAGUGCCGUAACCAGACCAAACGGCCAACCGAGGCAGGCGGGAGUUGCUAGGGGGUUCGGAUUCCAAAGCCCAGGAUUCCAGAUUCCAGAAGCAAAAAAUUCCUGGAUUCCGGAAUCCGGAUUCCCUUACAUGGGGCAAGAAGAGAACCCUUUCUCUGGAUUAAGUGCCAUGGUUCGUACAACAAUUUUUUAUUUUAGUAGUCGUCUUGAAUAUAAGUCCUGGAAUCUGUUUUAUAGUAUGGCUCCUUGAAAAGUACUUGAUUUCUUUAUUAGGUCUUAAAAAGCCCUUGAAAUUCACAACCUUGUCUAUGCCAGACAUCAUAGUUUUGUUAGAUUAGUUUGCCACAUUGGCUCAUCCUCGGUAUUAGAACCCGUAAAACUUACAGGUAAUGUAAAAAACAUUUUUGUGUGUAUAAAAUAUUUUAUUUCUGUUUCUUUAUUUCAAUUGCAAUUUUUGUACCUCAGAUGCAAUUGCUGCAUACCCUGAGUCAUUUUGAAAGUCUUGUUGCAGAAAGUAGUAUAAAAUAAUGUGAUCAAUGAUGGUCCAAGAAUAAAAAUUUUAAAUGACUUCAUGACGUGUUUUAGCCAAUAGGGUGAUCAAAAGGAGGUUAAAGAAUGCCGAUUUAUUAGAUAAAUCUUAGUCCUUGAAAACUGUAAUUUGUUCUUGGAAAAUCCUUGAAAAGUCUUUGAAAUUUGUUUGUCUGAGGUUGUACAAAUCAUGGAGUGCAGUUGUUGAUGGUUCCCAGUAUAUGAUUUUUAUGGAAAAAAGUAAGAUAUCCUUGUCACCUGAGGGCAAAAGUUAUGUGCCAGGAGUCACUGAGUGCUGCUGUAGCGUGUACUGCCCUCAGGGCCUUUUUUGGAGGCGCUAUUAACACUUCUUUUAUUUAAUGAAAUUAUUAAACUGUUGUUAAAUCUUUCCCUUACGUAUUUUAGGGGUCAAAUUGCCUGUUACGAAUUGAAAGGAGAUUUGAGCCCCAUAAUGCUUAAGGAAAUAAUAUUUCAUGACAGGUUGUAAAUUUCGAAUUUUACAAGGAUUUGUAUGGAAAACCAUUCAAGUGUGACUAGGUGGCUAGAGUUGUUUAAUCCUCAUACAAAUCCCUCUUAUUUUCAUUGCAAUCACUACUUUUGAGAUAUGCGGCUGAAAAUUUACAGGUUACCUUAUUUCAAUAUGCUCUUUUAGCAUGUGCUAACAAAAUUUUUCAAAAGCAAACUGUUUUUGUGUUUGCCGAAAGUUGAUCACAUGAUCAACUACUGUAAAAGGCCUAUAAGGACGAGCUCACUCAACAAAGAAAAAACUAAAUGGCCUGGACACAAAAAUUUUCAUACUUUGGAAUUGUCUAAGUCGUAUAAGAAAUAGCCUGUUUUUUGUUUUUAAUCUGUGAGCCUCAGUUAUGAAUCAAUGAGUUGUCAGUGAGUUAAGUUAAGUGUGAUUAGAGGGCUUCAGCAUCAAAAUAAAGUUAUUACAGUUAAGCACUGACUACAGGUAUAAAGUGAUUGGGGAAUUACACUAUUCUGACUUAAAAUGAUCAGCAUUAAUAUAGGUUGAGGUAUAUUUGUCACUAUAUUGUACUGUAUGUAUUCAGUGGCAGAUCCAGGGAAGGGGCCUGAAUCUGACUGGUUCUGAAUCCGCCACUGGUAUUACAUAUCAAAGCAGUUAUGUAAGCUGCAAUCUGAGAGAUUUGAACAUUUUUAGCUGACUGAUGACUCACUAACCCAUUCAAAUGACAUGCUCUCGGGUUGUUAAGCAGCCUCCUUGCAUUAUUGUCCCAGUAAGAGAUACAUGUCUGUUAACAGGCUUAUUACACUCGAGUAAAAAACAAAAAAAAGAAGAAAAAAGAAGUGGGUUCCGAAAGUGACCAAAUACCGGUAAAUAAACAGUAAGGUAAUAAAUAGUAAAAAACACUAUAACGAAGUAAUAUUUUAAAUGUACAUUGAUACUACUGCAACCCUAAUAGCUGUUACUAAUUAUGUACUGAAUUUGAUUGAUUGAAAAAUAAAUUUGUUUAAUUGAUUGAUACCUC